UUUCAAAAAAAAAUGUUUUCUUCUUCAACCAAAAUUUGUUUAUUUUUUCUUUCAAUUUUUAUAUUAUUCGAAUUAAACAAUGGUGAUUGUAAAGGAUAUGGUGCUAAAUGUAGUGGAAGAGGAAAGGGUAAUUGUUGUGCUGGAACUUGCUCUGGAACAUGUUGUAUUAAUGGUGGAGGUGGUUGUAACGGUGAUAGUGAUAAAAGAUGCUGUCCAGGUACGAAAUGUACGGCGCCAGGAGAAGUUGGGCACGAUUACAGAUGUGAGUAA